AUGGAAGCUGCCAAGUGGUGUCUACUGGUUGGUUUGGCUUUGGUCUGCCAGUUUGGGCUCGCUCCCGGCCAGGAAGGUGUGAAAACAUGGCGCAAAGGUGGUGAUGUUCAGGUAGCUUCUUACCAACCGACGUUCGUGAACGAGAGUUACAUCGAGAGGGAACCUUUGCGUCCGAACGCGACCAUGAUGAAUCUGCACCGCUCGAACGAGUCGGUUAGUGCACUCGAUCGAUUCAUGAACAAAACCAAGGGACAAAUUCCGGCUGGUGUUUGCUUUGAGGAGGUGCCAACUGUGUCGCUGUUGAAGUACAAUCCACGGGGUGAUAUACCGCAAGGCAAUGGGUCAAAUCCAUCUCUCAGUCGCAUCCAGGUUUGCUGUCCGGGAUAUGAGCGUAAUGUGCACAACUUUAGGAAGUGUGAACCCGUAUGCGAGGAACCGUGCCAGAAUGGGCUCUGCGUUGGACCGAACACUUGCGAGUGCUAUCCGGACUUUGUACGCAAUGUUCAGGGACGGUGUGUUCCGACGUGUCCGAUCGGUUGUGAUCAUGGAGACUGUGUGAUCGGGACGGGUGAAUGUCGCUGCCACGAGGGUUACGAGUUGGAUCGCACCAGCAAUAAGCUAUGUGUGCCUAAAUGCACUGGAGGAUGUGGUGAUGAGGGCCGCUGUGUGGACGUGGAGCGAUGCGUGUGCAGUGAGGGAUAUUCGUUCGAUCCGAAGCUGAAAUGUGCUCCACACUGUGAAGGAGGUUGUCAGAAUGGGCGAUGCGUUGCACCGGGUGUUUGCAAGUGUGAAGCGGGCUAUGAGAUGACGGAAAUCGGUUGUGAACCAGUUUGCACCAACGGAUGCUUCCACGGUGUGUGUACCGCACCGGAGACGUGCUCCUGUAAGCCAGGAUAUCAGAAGGUUGGUGAUCAAUGCACCGCAACUUGCGAUCGACAAUGUCUCAAUGGCGAGUGUACUGGACCGAAUGUGUGCAGCUGUAAUCGUGGCUACAUCCUCGACUUGGCCAACUCCUUCCAUUGCAUUCCCCACUGUCCCAACGGUUGCCCAAAUGGUGUCUGUUCCGGACCCAACAUGUGCCUCUGCAAUGCAGGAUACGUUAAGGAUCGCUCACUGAAAGGAAGCCAAGCAUGCAUCAAGCGCUUCGAGGGAGUCAAAUCUUAA